CCCCUUCCCUUUGGCUGUCACGUUGUUCAAGGGAAGUGACCAAAGCGCAAUCAAAACCACAAUUUUUGUGCUUUCUGGAAGAGGAACUUCAUCAACCAGCGCGUUGUGGUUCGAUUAAAAACAAAGUGGUCGUUGUGUGCGAGGUUGACAAGUAGUGGUGUGUGGGGUUUUUUUCUCCUCAUGGAACGAGCGGUCUGAAGAAAUAAAAAGCUCAUUGGCAGAACGAACAGCCUUAGCCAAAGAUGGGCUUCUUCCAGCAAGUCAAGCUUCUUCUUUGGAAAAAUGGGCUGAAUGUCAUCCGAAAUCCAGUCUGGUCGCUGACUCUGAUCACCUGGCCUUUAAUCAUCUUUAUCAUUGUUGCUGUGACCCGCGGCUAUUACCCACCGGAGCUUCAAGAAUCAUGUUAUGUGUCACCUCGGAACCUUCCCAGCGCCGGCUUAUUCCCUUUCUUGCAGACUCUCCUGUGCAACACUGACAGCACAUGUCACAACACGUCACACCUGGCGAACCCAUCAAAGUUUACGAAAAGAUCCACCGAUAACGCGAGGUCGCAUGGCACUCUCUUGGCAAAGCUGAUUCAAGGUGGUGACUUUUACAGUUACAGAAUCCCAAAUGACUCCAGUCAGGCCCUAAUCUUGGACUUGGAAAGAAUUCUGAUGGCGGUGAAUCAAGGAAACCUCAGGAAUACCUCUCACAUCCACACCAAGAAUACAACUCUUGUGAGAGAUCAGGAGGACUUGUACAAAAUGUUGGAAGCAAUGAAUGUACUGAAGCGGCCCAUCUGUGCCAUAACUCUGGCGGCGAUCAACACAACCUCACCCAACACCGUCAGCGAUGCGGCGCUCAACUUUUGCAGCUCAAACAAUACUGUUUUAGAGGUCUUUCUACUGUCACUCAACAAGAUCCUGAAAGAGGAAAUGCGAACAAGACCCGACGAGCUGGCAGAGGUCGUUGGAACCGCGAUGCUGCUGUUUCGAGAGUUGCAGAACGAGACUUCGUUGUGGGAGGGCCUUCUCGCUCUUCCCCAUCUCUACUCUGCUGGAUCACUGAAGCAAAUGUUGGACACCGCAACGGGCCUUCUCACCAACAUACGCGGCAUUAUGCAGGUCAUCCAGAACAAUUUCUCUGAAACUGCUGAGUCAAUCUCUGCACUGCAUCCACUAAUUGCCGGAGGCAUCAACGCAAUCCACUAUUUUGAAACGUGGCCGGGGAACGAUGUGACCAUCGCCCUUGGAGACAUUGUGAUGCUGAACAAUGACUCGUUCAGUGAAAUUGCCAAACUGGCUUUACAAAAUGUCAGAAUACCACUUGCACAGGUUUUGUUUAUGACGUUAGACAGAGACCGCCUGCAGUCCUCCAUUUGUGAGAACAGCAGUAACCCCUUGUGGCUCACAACCAUGUGCAUGACAGGUGCAGUGGACGUCAUUCUAAGUACGGCGGACAUGAUUCUAGACACCAUCAGUCCCAACAAAGUUGCCCAGCAGGCUUUACUGGCUUGGUGUAAGCAUGUUGCUCCCCAUGAUGUUGCAUUUUUCAAAGGACUGCUCCACAGUGUCUUUGGGGUCGGCUUCCCAGGAGGCAUCGGAGGCUCCAACAUCUCCAGGUCCUGGCAUCAUGUCGAUACCCAACCACAAAACAUUGAGGAGGAGCUAUUUUUGACAGUCGGUGAAGUGGUUCUGAAACUGAGCGAAAUUCAUCCGGAAGUGGACAUGAUUGUUCAGCGCAUGCUCAGCGUCGGUUUUCAGUCCAUGGAAAUAGCAACUCUCUCGAUUGACGUUGUUGAAGAAAUGAUGGACAAUAUCUUGAAGGAUUCUGAUCGACUCCAAAACAUUUAUCUAACCUUGCUUGCAAACCAAACUGAGGCCAGUGUUUGGAUCAGCCAGAUCCUAGACAGCGCCACUCAAGUAAUCCUGAAGAGUCUGACAUCAGCACAUGUUACGUGUGAGGAUGCCCUGAGCCCUUUCCAGUGGCUGCUGUCUACUGAGACCAUAAAGUUUGAGACGUUGAAAUCAAUCAUCUGUGACAACUCCACAACGCCAGAGAAUCUCACUCUGGUGGAGUGGACGCCACUGAUUGAAAAAGGCGAAGAGCUGUACAGCACUCUUAGCGAGGGAGGAAAAGACGUCAACGUAACUCUUUCGAUGAUUCUCUCCCAGUGGCAUAAAUUAUUUAACAGCUCCCUGGAAUUUGGAGGUUUUCUGCACAGGUUGCCCUCAGAGCUGGGGACGGACUAUUGGUUCAAAUGGUUGCCUGGCAACAACAGCUCUGGCGAUAUGACUGAGACUCUUCUACAAAGUGUUUUUGUUUUCAUGGUCAAUUUGGGAGAAAAGGUUGAGGCGAGUCCACUGUGGCCGGAGAUGAAAAGCUAUUUCCAGAUGGUUUACUGGGUUUUGAACUACAGACCGGGCGUUACGACACAGCCGGCAAACUGUUCUCUUGACAUGGUCACCCUCAACAUUAAUUGUGAUGAGAGUUUCAAUUGGAGCACUUUCGUUCAAGCUCUCGUCGAGGCUUUGGUGUCGCCAAGCCAAGACGUCCUGACAAACUGUCUCAAAGCCACUUUCAAUCUAUUACAGAAUGUGUAUGGGGACCUCAUUAACAAUAUGACGACUUCACAUUUAACGGAAGAAAUUCAAGGUGGAGAUGCGCUCUCUGCGUACCUGAUAAACUUAAUGAACAAACUGGACGACUCUGUCCGGACCGUCUCCACGCUCUCGGAUGAAAACAUCUCCAACCCCGAUGUUCUGGUUCCCGUCGUAAGAGGAUUGUUGGAGUCCACGGGUCUGUCCCCGCUGUUGCCUCUGCUCUUCAACAACGGCUCAGUCAACGUCUCCGACGUUCUCGACGCCGCUGUGAAGCUCGGUCGAGGCAACCAGCACGUUUUUACCUUCAACGAGACGGACCCGACGAUGCCCGAAUUGGAGCGCUUGAUAACGCAGUUCCUUGCCUCUGAGGCGAGCCUCACACUGUCUCUGUCCUAUGUCAUGGGGAACACCCUGCUUACCUAUUCCAGCUACUUUGACCGAGACGAAGUGGCUCGUCUCAAAGAGAACUUAAAGCCUUUCGCCAACCAAACCUCAUCAGGCAUCGUAGAGGCCAUCCUGAGCGCUAUGGAGCUCCUCGAGAAAGUGGUUGAUUCACCAGACGAUGACCCACGUCACAUCAUUCUCGCCUAUAUUCUUCAACUUCAAGAAUCGGUGGUGUCCCUGUACAAGCUGCGUCGAAUCCAGCAAACGUUGUUGCCUGACGGGCAAAUGAGCACGGCUCAAAUGACUGACCUCCACCAAGUUUCCACCGACUUUCUCAACCUCCUCACCCCCGAGAGCCUUGCCAACCUCACUCAGAUUGGCCCCGAAGCUGCCCUGGAUGUGGUGAUACAAAAAUUUCUUGCAUUCUUACCACCAGAGUUACAAGAGAAAGCUGCUUUAAUUCAUCAAGAUUUGAAAGCAUUGCAGUAUCACUUGUCUUUAUGCGCGUCAGAAGAGAACUGCUCAUCCAGGAUCUCCGAAUUCUUCACAUUUUUGGAUGAAAUCGUCAACUUGACGCUCUCGGUCAAUGCCAACGUCACCGUCAACAUCACCAGCACGCUUUGGCCAGACGAAUACGAAAACAUGACAUCUGCUUUCUUCUCGGUCUUUUUGUCCCCAAAUGACGCGACCUACGUCGGCGCGUUCAAUCAGACGCUUCAUUUCAUCCGGCUUGUCAUAGCGAUGCCAAAUAUUACCGUCUCUCAAAUCCAGAAUGCUUUGAGACAGUCCAACCUCACCCUCGAAGAGGUUGACUCCAUCGCGCAGCUCGCAGGAGCAGCCAAUGUCAAUGAGCUGUUGGUAAAUAUCGUGGAUAUUGCCAAUGUUCCGAAGUGUUUUGAAUUACAGCACAACGCAUCAGUGACAGCCCGCUGUGUUAUGGGAUUGAUCGACAAGGCCAGCAAUCUUCUGGCCAACAUACCCGCUCUGCAUAAUCAUACAGCCAUCAUCUCCCUCAUCCCGUUAAUUGUCAAUCAAACCGCAAGCGAGGUCAUCCGAGUCAAUUUUAGCUCCGAUGCACAAAUGCAGAUCAUCGAUGUUCUGAACAGCACCCUGAACAAUAUUAAGAUAAACCUUCAGAUGAAUAAUCUGAGUACUCCGGAGAUCAUGAAAGAGAUCAGAGUGAUCGAAGGUCUGUUGAAAGUAGCGGCGAACCCCGAAAGCUCGAAGCGCAUCCUCGAUGCCAUGUCGGUACCGUACUCCGAGGAAGUUACGGUUGCAUAUUUGCAAAUCCUACAGUGGUAUUUGCAUCGGUUGGAGAACGUGACGAGCACCAGCUUCGUGGCGCAGCUCCUCCACCCCUUUUUCCGCCUCACCCAAUUACAAGUCACCCUGCAGCUUGCACAGACAAAUUUGACUUCGCUUAUCGACAACCAGAUCGGACACUUCCAGAACGCAACGGACGGCGCCGGCGUGAGUAAAAUCGGCCAAGCGACGAUUGAGAUUCUGCAGCAAAUUGUGAGAUAUAUAAUAGUCAACAUCAAAGUUCAGGAUGAGACUUUUCAAACCUUUGGUUCUACGCCAUUCCUCAACACAACCGUGCUGCAUGAAAUUGAGCAACAAAUUCAACUCUAUCUCGAUCUUCUACGCGCGUGGAUGACCGAACCCAAUGUCACGGCAGUCUUCACCCACAUGCUCCGCUGGGGAAACCCUUCCAUAAAUAUUUCCACGCCUGUGAAAGACCUUCACCUCCUUUUGGGGACGAUGAUUAACUAUCUCACAGCUGAACAGCAAGAUUACCUCGCCAUCGUCAGUAAUAUCACCCAAUCCUUGCGCCAAGCUAUCAUGGCGUUAGAGCAACCUGGGGAGCCGCAGUUUGAGCACCUGUUUGCUGCCAUCAUGGAAGCCGUCCAAAGUUUCACGCAAAUUCUGACCCCAGACGCCGUCCCGCUGCCACAGUCUGCGCAGGAAAACAUCAGGGAAAUCGUUCGCAAUUCAUUGGCCCUCAGUGUCGAGCAGAACUUGACUUUUUCCACGUCGCUCAACCUCACCCUCGAUAUCCUCAAUAGAACCCGUAUCGUGGUUCAGCAGCUGGUGCCAGACGAGUUUGCUGUGUACCUGCUCCCCGGCCUCGAAGUUGUCACUAGUUAUUUUGAGACGAUCGCCAUCGCCAAUGGACCAGACAACUGGAACCUCAUCAUUUUGAACCAAUUGAAGACAAUUCAGAACCUCCUGCCACCAAACAGCACAGCUCAGUACUAUGUUUCUGUUGUCAUCGACAUCACCUCAGUCAUCUUGAACUCCACCCAAGGCAACGCGAGUCGAGAAAAUGAAAUGACAGAUAUUCUGACUGGGAUUUUUAGCCAGAUUUGGCAAAUUUUUAUGACUGGUCCUGGUUUAGGGACGAGAACUCCAUCUGUGGAGGCCUUAUUCCAUCUCGGUCCAGUACUUCAACAGGUUUUGACUGGGCAGGCUGACCAGGAGACGUGGCACAAGCUUGAAAAGAUGUUGGAAGCUGUACUGACAACACUCAGCAUAACGCAGCCAUGGGACAACGUCACCGCCGUCAUCCCCUAUUUUGAACAAAUCAUAGCAUGUAUGGUAAACACCCAGCACGCGGAGAACAUGAUGACAGUGAGCCUUGCGAAGCCUGUGGUGACCCUGACGAGAGAAAUUGCACAGUCUGUGAACACGAGUCAUUUUAACUUGUCCGAGAUCUCAGAAAGAAUUCGCCCCGCCAUUGAACAAACAUUGCUGGCCGCUGAGCAGGUAAAUGGAACAUUGGAGUGCAGUGAAGCUGUGAAUGCGUGGGAGCCAAUCGGGGAUGCAGCGGGUUUAAGCCGUGGCGUCAUUGAAAUGUGGUGUAACAUCAGUCUGCAGCCAGUUCUGGAGACUUAUGCAGCUACCCAUUACAUCUGUCCCCACCUCAACAUGAGUCACAUGGAUUUGGAACCAAUCACUGCUGCUGUUGCCGCUGCCCGGAUCGUCAAUGCGACAAAAUCUCUAUAUCAAGUCGACAGAUACCAAGCACAUGUGAUGGAGCAGAUCAUCAUGAAUUUGGACAAUUCAUUGCUAUUGAACUUUUUCUCCCCCCACAGUUUAUCCGCUGUUCAAGUGUUGUCAGAUGAGUUGCUGAAAGCGGCUCCCAUGCUGGAGCCGUGCAUCGAGGCUAUGGAGGAGGCACUGCACCACAUCUUGAACAACUACCACCAUAUUCAAGGCAUCGACUCAUCUGAGCUUGUCUUUAACGAGGCAGCGAUGAUAGUCCUCUCCUGCGUAAACAUCACCUUAGAUGAUCUCUUCUCAAUAGUGGGGGGCAACUUAUCCAGGAUCAAUCACGGAUCUUUCCUUGACAUGGUAAAUGAUGCCGUGAAAGCCAUGAUCCACAUGAAGUUAUUCGGGGAUGAGCCGAUGGUUUACCAAGCCCACGAACAAUUCCUGGCCUCCAAUGCCAGAAAAGCGCUCAUGCAGAAGGUGGCUGAGAUGUCUGCAUUGUUAGCGUCUUCAAACGAAUCUGGACUAGAGCUUCUGACCCAGGCUUUGCCCAGGAUAUCCGAGCUGCUCAGGCCUUUAUUGUCCACCCUGACUCAAAUGGGCGUGGAUUUGCCGGAGAUCACCGAGCUCGUCGAAGAGCUAGUUGAAAACAUCAUUGCUAUGCUGAGGCAGUUGUUAAGCAGUGGCCUUUUUACGCCCGAGGCCCACCAUCCGGGUGUGACCGCUAAUACCCACGUGUCGAACGCCCGACGCAGACGAGAGGCCCCGCUGCUGCCCCAGCCGGACCCCAUGAAUGACUUCCUAUACUUCCUGUCCAUUGACUACCCAGCAAUGUUCCGCACCUUGUCAGUCCCUUCGCAAGAGGAAAUAAGGGAGACUGCUCACAUGUUCUUUUCCAAUCCCAAUCUGAACAUUAUCAUGAAGGGCUCAACAAGGGACAUGCCAUGGGCUUUGAAUAGCUCACGGGAGGAGACCAUUGAUGCCGCCCUGGGGGUCCUCUCUUUUGCGACCCUUCCCAGUGAUUCUCAGAUCUUAUCACUGGCUCUCUUGAGGGAUGCCGUUGAUAUGCUGCCGGAUAGCUUGCCAUUCUCAACUCUGCUUAAAAAUAUGACCAGAGCGCUUGCCAGUGAAUCUCAAGAGAUGUUGAUAGAAUUACAGCAGGUCCUCCAGACAGCUACUCGGCUUCUCCAGACCAACCUGAGUGAUCCACUUUACACAGACCAUCUUGAUCAACUGAGCUCUCAGGUGUGCAAAGUAGAAAAUACGGAGUUUGCGCAUCACCUCCUGGGCGCCUUCGCCUUGGAAUCUGGUCAACUCUGUUCCAGUCUCCUACCAGGCCUGCGGGUCUUGUUGCAGGCUGUGCAGGGCAGGGACACAGAUCUGGGUGAUGCCAUCUUCCAGACAUUAGUUGGAGACCCCAGCACCUAUGACGACGACACAGAUUGGUCCUCUCUGCUGAGUCAAAGUUUUGGCAUUGACACCAGCAGCCUCAGUUCGCUCAACAUCAACUUCACAUCUCAAGGUGAAGCAGGGGACGUGACAGUUGGCGAGAUGCUGCGGAAUGAAAGCGCUUUUUUGCAUGAUGUUCAGAAGCACAUGGAUUUCGAUCCGGUUGCUCUCCAGAUCCUCAUGAACACAACUAUGCCCACCAACAAUUUACAGAUCCUUUCUUGUUUGGUGAAGCUGCGUUACUGCAAUUCCCGCAAAAAUCUGAGCAUCGCCGAGCCGGAUGUGCUUGUGUUUCAAACCUUCUGCUCCAUGUCCGCUGAAGAGGGGUACACCUUCGCUCUGCUCAUGACUCGCCAUCUGAACAUGGAAAAGUUAAUCUUCAGAAUGGUGUUGUCCGACGAUAUUCAGAGCCUGUUGAGAUUUGUGCUCCUGAUGGCCAGCAAUAUCAUCCACAUGAUGGAUGAGAUGCUUCCCGCCAUUGAUCAGCUGAGCACUUACAUGACGUCCAUCGCAGAAUUCAGUCUGAUGGCCGACAAAGAAUUCAACCAAGCUGCAAGAGUCAUGAAGUUGAGCCUCUCUACCCGAGCUACAGUUGUCACCAUGACUCAAGCCAUGUGCAGUAACGGUAUCCUACCUCUCUUGCAACUCGCCAGCCUUCCUACCGAUUCACAGUCCGAGCCACCCCCGCUUGACAGUGACGUGAGGGAAGAGAUGAUUGACAGGUUCAAGAUUCCACGAAACGCCACCCCCUACUGUAUGAACAUGUACCUGGACAUGGUCAACACCACAGGGGGCGCUAUUGCGUGGGCCUUCCUCAAACCAAUGCUGAUGGGAAAAAUCCUCUUCACACCUGACACACCAAUCACCAGGGCUAUUAUGGCAAAGGCCAAUACUACCCUGCAAGAGUUUGGUCAACUCAAGAGGCACUCUGACGAAUGGCUGAAAUCCUCAAAGUACAUCGUGAAAUCUGCCGAAGUGCUUAGGCACACUUUGCCACUGCUUCAGAAUUCCUUGUCCAAUGCCUUUGUGAGAGGUUUCAUUGAGAUGCAGACAGACAUUGAAGUCGAUGAAAUGAAGAAGACGCUCAACAGCUUCUCAAACAUGACAUUGAUGUUGGAGAGGAACAAACACAUCAUGGAUCAGAUCACCACCUUGUCCACCCUGAUGGUCAACAUCUCAUCCUGUAUCAAAUUUGAUCGUUACCAAGGUUACCAAUCUGCUGAGCAGCUUGACGAGGAUGCUCAGGAACUCGCCAAAGACCGCAAUCUCUAUGGAAGUGUCAUUUUCAAGCUCCCCAAAGAGGAGAACUCUUCCCUGUCACCCAAAGUCCACUACACCAUCCGAAUGCAUCUGGACAACGUCAUGCGGACCGACCGAGUCCGCAGCCUUUACUUUGCCAAGAAAAACCACAUAUCAUCGCGGACCGCCAUGCGCUACAACCGGGCCUUUGUGUACCUGCAGGAGAACAUUGACCGGGCAAUUAUUGAGAUGCAAACUGGAAGAGUCACAGAGACGGCUGUGCAACUUCAACCCUUUCCAUAUCCCUGCUAUCUUCUUGAUCCGUAUCUUGAGGCCAUCACUUUAGUCUUCCCGCUCAUGCUGAUGUUAGCCUGGGUGCUGUUUGUGGCUGACUUUGUCAAGAAAUUGGUUUAUGAAAGAGAACUGGGGCUGCAUGAGUAUAUGAAGAUGAUGGGCGUAAACCCAUUCAGCCACUUUGUCGCCUGGUUCUUGGAUUGUGCUGCUCACCUUCACAAGCAGAGUCUCAUUUUCCCACAGAGCUUAUUUGCCCCAUGCUGUUUCAGUUACGCUAGCCAAUAUGUCUCUAUCUACGAGAUGCGAGGAGAUGGAAUUCAGUGGAGCAACUCAUAUUCCUCACCCAUGGCGCGAGACACGGCCUCCUUCGGGUGGCUGUGCUGGAUGAUGCUCAUCGACUCGCUCCUCUACUUUACUGUUGGGGCGUACAUCCGCAAGGUCUUCCCUGGCAAAUUUGGCAUCCCGGCUCCGUGGUACUUCCCCUUCACAGCCUCCUUUUGGGCUAACCUUUUCUGCUGUGUAAAGUCACAGAUGGGAGGCGGAGGACGUCUGUUCACCAACGCCGUGAAGAUAAACGUGCCCGUGUUCUGUGAUAACAAGGGGAAAGGCCAGAGCCAGCUUUUCUCUCAGACAGGCGAGGACUUCUCUCACCUCCCGGUGGGUGUUGCCCUUCACGGUCUCACUAAGAUCUAUGGUGAGCGGGUAGCCAUUCAAAACCUGAACGUUUCCUUCUACGAGGGCCACGUCACAUCGCUGCUCGGUCACAAUGGCGCUGGCAAGACUACUACCAUGUCUCUCCUCACGGGUCUCUUUGCACCAUCAUCCGGCAGUAUCGAAGUGUACGGUCGAGACAUGCAAACAAACUUGGAUGACAUCCGCAAAGAUCUGGGUGUUUGCAUGCAAUAUGACGUUCUCUUUGAUCACAUGACCACCAAGGAGCACCUGCUGCUCUACGGCCAGAUAAAGGCCCCGCACUGGUCGCGCAGGGAAUUGCACGAGCAGGUCCGAACGAUCCUGGAGGAGACAGACAUGUACGCUCACAGACACAAGCGGGUGGGCACGCUGUCAGGCGGCAUGAAGCGCAAGUUGUCAAUCUCCAUCGCGUUCAUUGGUGGCUCUCACUUGGUGGUGCUGGAUGAACCCACCACUGGCGUUGAUCCCUGUUCCAGGCGCAGCAUCUGGGAUAUUGUUAUCCAAAAUAAAAAGCGGCACACGAUCAUUAUGUCCACCCACCACCUGGAUGAGGCUGAAAUGCUGAGUGACCGCAUUGCCUUCCUCGAGCGAGGAGGCUUAAAAUGCUGUGGCUCCCCCUUCUAUCUGAAAGACAAGCUGGGCCAGGGCUACAAACUCACUCUCACCAAAAAGGUGCAGAUUCACGAGGCCGAGCGCUUUGACGACGCCGAAAUGAAGGCCUUUAUCCAAGCGCAUGUACCUGAAGCCCGGCUAAAAGAGGCUCAGGGGGGUGACUUGAUUUACUCCCUGCCCCCAUUCACCUCAUCCAGUGCCUCCUCGUAUAGCUCUCUUCUGACGGCGCUGGAUGCCAACCUGGAUGACCUACAGCUGGGAGGCUACGGGAUCUCUGAUACCACCCUAGAAGAGGUGUUCUUACAGUUGUCGCAGGAUAAAAAAGAAAGUGUGCACGAGGAGGAUAGACCCUUUUCUGUCUCCGAGACGGUGUCAGACGAUGGCUCCAUUAAGAGUUUCCCUGCAGAUCCAAGUGACGUGAUUUUCAGUUCUGACAAAAUAAACUUGACUCGCUCCAGCAGAGCACGAGGCAUGGCCCUCGCCUGGCAGCAAAUCAAAGCCAUCCUGAUCAAGAGGUUCCAUCACAGCCGCAGAGACUACAAAGGCAUGAUCUCCAAGAUUCUACUUCCUGUUCUCUUUGUCACAUUCGCCAUGGGCCUGGGAUCCAUCAACAAUGAUCUGCGGCACCAUUCGGAGCUGGAGCUUAGCCCCGCACUCUACCACUUCAGACCAAGUUACUCUUUUUUCAGCAACCAGAAUGAUAAAUCCAGCGAGCUAGUGGAGACGAUGAUGUCAUUCCCAGGAAUGGAUAACAGUUGCCUCGACCAGUCCCACAAGCCUCUUUCAAAGUUUUGCACGAGCCAAACUAACAGCUGGAAUUCCGGAGGGAACAGUUCCAAAUCGUUGAGUGACUGCACAUGUACCCCUAAGGAGCAGAUUUGUCAUGGGGAAAGAUUCAAGCCAGCCAGUCGGCGGAUCCCGUCUUCGCAGAUCGUCUACAACCUCAGUGAAAUCGAUGUCGAGAAUUACCUGUUGACCACAGCCAAUGGCUAUAUUAGGAACAGAUAUGGCGGGUUUGAAUUUGGAAUGCCGUUCCCACCCGACCUGGAGACGGAUCUUCUAGCCAAGUCUGAUAACGCCACCUUAUCAAAGGUUUGGUUCAACCCUGAGGGCUACCACACCAUGCCAGCAUAUUUAAACAGCCUCAACAACCUCAUCCUACGCUCCAAACUUCCAGCAGAUAAGGAUCCAAAGAAAUAUGCUAUUUCAGUAUCCAGUCAGCCCUACUUUGGUCGGACGGAUGAAGAAGACGUCAUCACUGUGUCCAUCCUCCAGAUCCUCGUGGCCAUUUGUGUGGUCACAGGCUACUCCAUCACGACAGCCAGCUUCUCCAUCUACGUCGUCGGCGAGCAUCACAGCGGCUCCAAGAGGCUGCAGCACAUCGCGGGCAUCAGUGAGCCCUUCUACUGGGCCGUUAACUUCCUUUACGACAUGAUCAUCUAUCUGAUUCCUGUCGUUUUGACCAUCGGUGUGGUUGCGGCCUUCCAGGUUCCAUCAUUUACGGAGCAGCAAAAUUUAGCUGCCGUCUCACUCCUUCUGGUGCUCUUUGGGUUUGCCACCUUCCCCUGGAUGUAUCUCUUGUCAGGCGUCUUCAAGGAUCCGGAGAUGGCCUUCAUCAUCUAUGUGUGCAUUAACCUUUUCAUCAGCAUCAACACCAUCAUUUCCACCUCAAUUCUCUUCUUUCUGGCGGAAAGUGUAACAAACCAUGUCGAGAAAGAGAACAUCCAGAAUAUCUUCAAAAUUUUGAGCGACCUCUUCCUCAUCUUCCCUCAAUUCAACUUUGGAAAUGGACUGAUGAAGCUGGCCAGAAUGAACGUGGAGGUCCAGCUCCUUAGCGGCUAUGGCAUCGAUGCCUACAAGGACCCGUUCUCCACCGAAGUUCUCGGCUGGAUGUACAUCUCUUCCAUCAUCCAAGGUGUAGUCUUCUUUGCGCUGCGCCUCUUACUCAACACGUCCCUCAUUCGCAACGUCAGGCACUUAAUUUUGGGCAGAAAAAAGGCACCCCUGAUGCUCGACGAUGAUGAGGACGAGGAUGUUGCAGCCGAGCGCUCGCGGGUGUCCAGCGGAGCAGCGGGUGCGGACAUCCUACAAGUCAACCAGCUCACGAAAAUCUAUCAGCAUCUCAACAGGAAGAUUUAUGCAGUCAAGAGGUUGUCUGUGGGAAUUCCUGCAGGAGAGUGCUUCGGUCUGCUGGGAGUGAACGGAGCGGGAAAAACAACCACUUUCAAGAUGCUUACGGGAGACGUUAGCCCCACUGAUGGCACUGCACAGAUCAGGGACUGGGAUGGGCGGCUGGUAGACAUUAUGGAGUGCCGGCACAUGGGAAUUAAUAUCGGCUACUGUCCCCAAGUGGAUGCGCUGGAUAAUCUGCUCACUGGAGAAGAGCACUUGUAUUUUUACGCUCGUAUUCAAGGCUUUUCAAACAGAGAGAUAGACGGGGUGGUGAAAUACCUUCUCAAAAAGCUGGAGCUGAUCUACCAUCGAAACCUAACCACUGAUGGCUACAGUUGUGGCACACGCAGGAAGCUUUCGACCGCUAUCGCCCUCAUUGGACAUCCACAGAUUCUGCUCCUGGAUGAGCCGAGCUCUGGGAUGGACCCUCGCACCAAACGACACCUGUGGAAAAUCAUCUCGGAAGAGGUGAAAGGAAAGUCUGCGGUUAUCCUCACUUCUCACAGCAUGGAGGAGUGUGAGGCAUUGUGCGGCCGCCUCGCCAUUAUGGUGAAAGGUCAAUUCCGCUGUCUGGGCUCCUUGCAGCACAUUAAGAACAGGUUCGGCAGUGGCUUCACGGUGAAAAUGUACUUGGCGCAGUCUGCCAGCGAUGUCAAGGAAAUCACUGUUUUCAUGCAGAAACAAUUUCCCAGCACUUACUUGAAGGACCAGCACUCCUCCAUGGCGGAGUAUCAUGUUCCCGUGGCACCAGGAGGUCUGGCCGACAUCUUCCAACAGCUGGAGACCAACAAGACGUCGCUGAAGAUCAAGCAUUUCUCUGUGAGCCAGACCACCUUGGAUGAGGUCUUCGUCAACUUUGCCAUGGGAAAUAGUCAUAUGAACUCCAUCUCAGCUCCCAGCAACAGAGAAGAUGAUGACCUGAGCCACAUCAAAGGAGUCGAGACAUAGUGCCGACUGCUCCUAUUUUUCUGCAGUGAAAUGAGAAUCUCAUUGUACUACAUUUUGUCUUAAAUAGAAUGCUUUGAGACUGAAGUAUAAAUUUGUCAUAACGAACAAUCAUGUUUAAAACUCGUAAGAUUCAAUGUCCAGAGCCACUAGUCUUUCGAGGUCGGCCAAAUUCUAUUGCUGCAGUUCUCUGCUGCACAUUUAUGUACCUGCACAGAUGAUUAUUUAUUGUUGCCUAUUGACUUGAGAUUAUAUUUAUCCUACUUGAAAGAUGACCUAAUCUAGUAAUUCUGAUAUGUAUGAAAAAUACUAGUCCUGACAUAGCUUUUAAUUGUUUUUAUUUGAUUUUGUUGCCACUCAAUAGAAAUGUACUGCAUAGGCUUGCCAUAAUCACAAAAAAGACUCAUAAAAAAUAUUAUUAAUGUGCACAUCUUCGUCUUAAUGUAUGUCUCACUUCAAGAAUGACUGUUCAAAAAAAUAUAUAUCUCCCACUUGUGGACCAUUUUAUAAUGGUCUUGAAUGUAUUCAGCUAGCUUUUUUUUUCAUGAUUCAAUAAAACACUUUUAAAUGCAA